AUGAAAAACUGUCCCACCCAGAAGGCUGCCCAGCCCGUGCCAACGGCUGUUGGUGGUGCCGCCGCACUCACUCCCCCUCCCUCGAAGUCAACACCUCCAGCACCGAAGCCAGGGGCUUGCAAUGCUGCAGCCUCUGGCAGGGAGGGGGGUGAGCGUCCGGCUGGCCAGAAGGCGCGGAAAAAGACGCGACGCGUCAGACCUGCCCACGGGAAGACCACACUAUCCCCUUCCCUGGAACCUAGCCCACGACCUGCCCCGCCCUGGCACGACAAUGCCCCUGCGGCCAUGCCAGCGUCGCCCCGCACGGGAACCCUGACCCUCAAACCCCUGAACCCAUACCUGAUCCUGACCCCACACCUACUCCCCACCCCGAUAGAGAAACCCCUCGGGAUUCAACGCCUGCCCCUGGCACUGCAACACCUCGCCCGCGGGACCCCGAGCCCGAGCCCAACCCAGCCACGCCCUGGCACUAACCUGGGGGGAACCACCGCUGCUCCACCUCCUGCAGCGACCGUGUCUCCGGGCCCGGAAAGGGAACUGGACUCCUGCCCUGCUCACCCCCUCCCUCACCUGAUAAACUGGGGCGGGGCAGGAAGUGACACGGCUAACCCUCCCCACACUGGCCACGCCCCCUGUCUUCCCCCAGCCAUUCGUAUUCCUGGAAAGGCUGGGGGGAGUGACCUCGGUCCCCAUGACCACCGAGGCGGGUGGGGAGGAGAAGGCCUAUAA